AGACAGAGAGAAAGGGAGAGAGAGAGAGAGAAUGAAACGGAAUACACCAGCACGAAACGGGACAGUGUACUCGCGUGUACUUUAGUAUAUGUGUCUUUGAAGGGACUACAAAAAUAUAUGUUUUUAUCAUAUGGAUACAGAUUUAAACAUUAGCGCCUUUUUAACGACUUCGUGUUUGGAGUCGCGUGUAACCAUGCAUUGCCUUGACCAUAUACGUAACAUAGGCUACUGAUGGAUGACAGAUGCGCGUGAACGAGUCGGCGCGAGGCACGGUACGUUACCGUUAAGAUGUAAAAGUGACUUUUUUGGAUACUGGACCUUAAACGGAUUGGUGAUUUUCGUUCAUUUGAAGUCUCAAGCUGACAGACGGACUUGUUGGAAUUGUGGAGAAGCUGCCCACGAGAGUCAAAAGGCUUCUUCUGUGAAACACAGUAAGAUGCCAACUCUGAAUGUGAUCGAGGACAUUCCCAUGAGCACAUCAAAGCAGAACAGGUCCCCUCAUUUGAAGACCACCUCUGGUUGAAGUAAGUCCCACAGAGUUUGCGGUACCAUGCUUGGCACUUUUCAUGUGGACUAACAUCUUCCUCUGGACAAUAUUUGAAGCUUUAAAUGUGCACCUUUUUGUCUUUUGGGAGACUGUAUCAGCUUUCUAUAGCAAUUGCAACUAUCAGCAAACUACCGGGAAUUAGGGAAUACUCUGGUCUAUUAGUCCCAAAACACAGGGGAAUUAAUUAAAAAGUCUUCCAGCUAUUCACAAGAGCAGAAAUUAAGAAAUCCCACAUCUAUAUAGUAAAAUAAAGGACAUUAAACGAAAUAAUGAGGGGAUCGGACCAUUAAGGGAAUACAUAUACUUUUUACAUAAUACAUAUACAAAGUUAUAGUGUCUGCAAGCAUGAAAUAUAUAUUACUUUUAGUUUUUAUGGAGUAAUUGUAUCUUCAGGUCAACAUCAUGCGUAGCACAUGUGAACCAAUAACAAGAUUCAGCAGAUGAACUAUGCAUUAUGGAUCCGUUCAACGGCACAGAUGAGUUUUUCCUCAUCAAUGCUACGGUCAGUCCCACAACCCUGGAACCCUUGGAUGAUGCCACACUCCUUAGCCUUCAGAUCUCCAUCUCUGCAAUGCUAGCAAUAGUCACUUUUGCCACCGCUCUGUCUAACGCCUUUGUGAUUGCCACCAUCUUUCUUACCCGCAAGCUUCACACCCCCGCCAACUUCCUGAUAGGCUCUCUCGCAGUGACGGACUUGCUGGUGUCUAUUUUGGUAAUGCCGAUCAGCAUCGUGUAUACGGUCAGUAAGACUUGGACGCUGGGACAGAUAGUGUGCGAUAUUUGGCUAUCAUCCGACAUAACUUUCUGCACGGCCUCGAUCCUGCACCUGUGCGUGAUCGCGUUGGACAGAUACUGGGCUAUAACUGACGCUCUGGAGUACUCGAAGCGGCGUACCAUACGGAGGGUGGCAAUUAUGGUCGCCGUAGUGUGGGUGAUCUCUGUGUCUAUUUCUAUGCCUCCUCUUUUCUGGAGGCAAGCCAAGGCUAGCGAGGAGCUAACGGAAUGCAUGGUGAACACGGACCAGAUCUCGUACACGCUGUACUCUACGUUCGGUGCGUUUUACGUUCCAACUGUUCUUUUGAUCAUUCUGUACGGCCGUAUAUACGUGGCAGCUCGUUCACGGAUCUUCAAAACGCCAGCAACGAGCGGGAAGCGCUUUACAGCAGCACAACUCAUCCAAAACUCGACCGGCUCAUCGCUCUGCUCCCUGAACUCCACGUCGAAUCAAGAGGGACAGAUUCAUCCCAGUAGUGGAGGAGUGGGUGGAGCGGGUGGAGCAGGUGGAGGUGGAUCUCCUCUGUUCACGAACAGUGUGAAAGUUAAGUUGGCCGAUAGCGUCCUGGAAAGAAAGCGUCUUUGUGCCGCUCGAGAGAAGAAGGCCACUAAAACCCUUGGGAUUAUCCUGGGGGCGUUUAUUGUGUGCUGGCUUCCAUUCUUCGUGUUUACUCUGGUGAUGGGGAUCUGUAAAGACUGUUGGUUUCAUCCUGUGCUCUUUGAUGUCUUCACCUGGCUGGGAUACCUGAACUCGCUUAUCAACCCAGUCAUUUACACUGCCUUCAACGACGACUUCAAACAAGCCUUUCACAAACUCACAAAGUUUAAAAGAUGCUACUGAGAGAGAAUAUGCUAAUCCACCUAUCGUCUUAUGACAUAUGCGACUUAAUUAGCCGGAAAUAUUUGAAACCUAUAAACUUCUUGUUGUUCAUCUGCUGUGGAAAACUUUAAUAGCCAUACCCGACAUAUAUUUCCAGAACGCAAUCAUAGUGUCAAUGUAGAUCAGUGUUUAAAGAAAUCUAAUGAGAGACCUUGUAAAAUAUUGUGCCAUAUUGUUGAUGCUUCCUUGUAGCUUAUGAAUGCAUGCUAAGAGUCUGAACCCAUUGCUAGAGAGCCACAUCCUGCUGUCUCCGUAUUCAAUAGCUAUCUAUGAACUGCCUUAUUUAACAGAGACUGAAAUUAAAAUGAAAUACAGACUUUAUUUUGAACUAAAGCAAGGUUGAGGUUUCCAUAGGAACAAGAAACAGUGCAUGGCCUCAGAGGAGCGUACUGAAAUAAAGGUUCAUGGAAAUUAGCCUAGACUCCCUAAAUAAAAUAUUAAUAACAGAACAUAAAAACAAGUUUUGUGUUUUCCUGCAUUCAU